AUGUCGGCUCUUGACACCCUCCAUGUCGCCGCGGCGGUUCCAGAUGCCCGGUCGAGAGAACAGUCCGAUGCACCUUCGGCCUCCCAGAAAGAUGCACCGCCAAGCGUACUCACAAGCAGCAUGGACGUGUCGCCUGCGCCCGAACCUGCGCUCUCCUUCGACACACCUCAGUCCCAACCCAUGACCGCCACUGCUUCGUCCUCCUCCCAACAUCCACCUUUCGAGAACGGCGAUGGGUCCAACGCCGGCCCCUAUGGAACUCGUUCGAGAAAUCGCACUGGGGGUGCCCGUAUCAAUUAUGCAGAGGACAAGGAGCUGGAUAUAGAGUUGGAACCUAUCCCCAAAGCCAGUCGCUCCAGCAAGAGGGCGUCAGCGGCGAACAGCGAGCACCAGGCCACAUCUUCAGGGUUCGCAACCGUCAACCCUUCCAACACCCAACAAACGCCCGAGACUGCUCCCACGGCCCGCCCGUCUACUCCCUUACCAGCCAGCGCUCCGGCUCCUUCGAAGAAGCGGAAACAACCCGGGAGCCACCAUACUGUUACAGGGCACUCAAAUAUGGGCAGUAGCUCGCGCUCCAGACAGUCGGCAUCUGCGCCUUUCAAAGGCUAUGUCGAGACGAAUAUGAUGAGCUUCUCCAAGUGCGGGUACCGGCUCAACGAGAAGAAGCAACUGGUUGCCGACGAUGGCACCAUUGUACAAGCAAAUGAUCACGUAUACUUGGUUUGCGAGCCCCCAGGCGAACCCUACUACCUCGCGCGGAUCAUGGAAUUCUUGCAUGCCAAAAACGACCCUGACGCGCCCAUUGACGCGAUGCGGGUCAACUGGUACUAUCGGCCCAAGGACAUUCUACGCCGGGUUCAGGAUACGCGCGUCGUCUUCGCCUCGAUGCAUUCCGAUACUUGUCCCCUGACUUCGCUCCGCGGCAAAUGCAACAUCCAUCAUCUGUCCGAAAUCUCCAAUAUGGACCAGUAUCGAAGUAAGCCGGAUUCGUUCUGGUUUGACAAGCUUUACGAUCGAUAUAUGCACCGAUACUACGAGGUGAUUCCCACCCACAGAGUGGUCAAUGUCCCCCAGCAUGUGAAGACGGUCCUUGACCAACGAUGGAAGUUCGUUCUGGUCGAGAUUGGGCGGGGUCGGGAAUUGACCAGCGAAAGCAAGAAAUGCACCAAAUGCGAGCAAUUCGCUAGCAAUCAGGACUCGGUGGACUGCGCCGUGUGCAAAAGGACCUACCACAUGCAAUGUGUGAGGCCUCCGCUGUUGAAGAAGCCUGCACGAGGAUUCGCGUGGGCUUGCGCAGCCUGCAGCCGAGCACAAGAGAUGAAAAUGGAUGGUCGCAGCACGCCUGCUGGUUCGGAAAUCGGGGCUCUCGACGAUGACGAUGUGCUGGACGAGGAUGAGGACGACCCCCGGCCCAAGGAUCUGGAGACCCGCGACAGUAGUGUCGUCCCAGAACCGAAUCCACCACCUACUCCGGCACAGGUUGCGCAAGCAAACCUCUGGCCCUGGAGAUAUUUAGGUAUCCACGCCCGCGCAGAAGAUGCCCUGGACUACGAUGAUCGGAUCUAUCCUCGUGCCAGCUCGAGAUUAGGCCCGCGCCAUCAGGCGAAUGUCAACGUCUGGCACGGCCGGCCGGUGGAAUUGGUCAAACCCGCCGAGAUCAAGCGCAAAUACCUCAAACCCACCCAUAGCCAGAAGGGUGGCAAGCCACCCAAAGAUGCCGGCACCGAUACGGACAAGGACCAGCGCCUCAAACGUCCAAAAUGGGUAGUGGAUGAGCCCGUGGGUUACAUUUCUCGGGGGCAUGAUGAACCAGUGGAGAUUAAAGGCAAAAAGGAGCAUACUGCUCAACUGCUCUUCAAGAUGCCGGAACCAUCACAGCUCUCGGAAAGAGGCGGCGAUGACUCCGUGAGGCCCGGAAAUGCGGACCAACUGGUGGACGACUACAUGCGGAGGGUCAAGCCGAUUGCGGCUCAGUACAAUUUACUGGACUCGUCGGUGGAUUUUCUCACGAAAGCGAUCGAAAAGCUGCAGGAAAACGAGUACAAUGUUGAGAAAGCAUUGGAGGCUAUGAAGGGGCUAUCCCUGAGAAGCGACCUGAAGCAACCCGACCUCAACAGAGAGGAGAUCAAGCGGUUCGAAGAAGGGGUCGCAAAAUACGGAAGUGAGCUCCAUGCGGUCUCGCGUCAUGUGGGAACGAGCGUGAAGGAGUGGCGGAUUGUCCGUUUCUACUACAUGUGGAAGAAAACCGAGAGAGGACGACAAAUCUGGGGCAACUACGAAGGGCGACGUUCCAAGAGAGAUUCCAAACGAGCCGACAAGGACGGAAAUAUACCGAAGCUGUUGGACGAUGUCGCCGAUGACAAGGACGAUUCCGCAUUUGACGAGGAGAAAGCGGCACAAAAGAAACGGGGAUUUGUAUGCAAAUUCUGCAGUACUUACCACUCGCGUCAAUGGCGUCGGGCGCCGGGCACGGCUCCGGGCACCCUUGUGCCCAAAGACCAGGCUGCAAAGAAUAGCAAAGACAAGAGUCAGUGGCUUACAUUGGCAUUGUGUGGAAGGUGUGCCUACCUGUGGCGGAAGUAUGCGGUACAGUACGAGGACAUCGAAGAAGUGUCCAAGAAAAUCGCAUCGUCGGGUAGUCGGGCGGCCAAACGAAAAGUUGACGAAGAGCUGUUGCGUCUGAUUCUGGAAGCACAUCAGAUGUCGGGAGAUCCUAUUCCUCCGCGAGCUGUGGAUGAGGUCAACAAAGCUGGGAUGGAAGUGCCGCAAAACAUCAUUCAACCUGAUGAGCCACCGAAGAAGAAGAGCAAAACGGACCGAGACGGAGCACAAGGAACUCCAGAUGUUGUUGUUCCGGAGAAGAAGAAGGUGGUCGAGAAACCACAGGAGCCUCCGCCGAUCGAACCAGAUCCUCCGAAGGUCAAGGUUCAUCCUUGUGCGGUAUGCCGCGUCAUUGAAGUUCCCGGGCAAGAACUGCUGAAGUGUCGCGACUGCCGCCUGCAUGUCCAUGGGUCAUGUUACGGAGUGGGAGCAAAGACGAACACCAAGCCCUGGUUCUGUGACAUGUGCAGAAACGACCACAACCUUCAGGUGUCGACGACUUAUGAAUGCGUCCUGUGUCCAGUCAAGUUCACUGCUCAAGAGCUGAUGGAGCCCUUGAAGCCGUCGCACAAAAGGAAAACGGAUCGAGAUCGCGAAAAAGAACGCAUUGAAAAGGAAAUCAUCCAAGAGGCUAGUCGUCGAUGGCGCAUGGAGCAAGAGGCGGCCGGGCGGCCGGUCAAUCCCCGCGAGGCGCUCAAGAGAACGGCGUGGAACAACUGGGUUCACAUUACAUGUGCCCUCUGGACCAAGGAAAUCAAGUUUGGCAACUCGGAAUUGCUGGACGAUGCGGAAGGUGUUGGGUUUAUCCCGCCUGAAAGAUUCGAGCCUCCUUGCAAGAUCUGCAAUCAAACGGGAUACCCUACAGUCAAAUGCCACCAGUCCAACUGCAACGCCUACUUCCACGUCGGCUGUGCCCAUCAAGCAGACUACGUCUUUGGCUUCGAUGUCGCGCCGGUCAAGAGCAGUCGCCGAGACUCGGUAAACGUGAUGAAGCUUCAAGGCGAGGUUGGCGUCGUGACUGCCGGGAUUUGGUGCCCGACCCAUCUUCCACCGACUUUCGUCCACAACAUGCUCGAACCAACAGAGACGGGGCUGAAUGCGAUGCAGUUGUUUGCUCGCACCUAUAAGCAGGUGGACACUUCAAACACAGGGACCGUGAGGCGAGCUGCACAGUUCACCGCGAACUUGCUGAGUGCCACACCUGUAGUCCAGCCGCAAAGACCCAAUCCCACCAUCAACGGCACCAAUGGCACCACUGGACACGUGGAUCGCACAGGAGGUUCCAGCCUCAGAUCGUCUCCAGCAGCAGAAUCGCCCCGAGAGCCGGAGGAUGCCAACGUCGAGUCAAGGUCUGCUGUAACGGCGACCAAAAAGACCAACGUCUCGCGAAAAUGCUGUACUUGUCUCGUGGAUGCCAGUCCCCGCUGGUGGCCUCUUGGUCAAGCUGGAGCGUCGUUACCGGCUGCGAAUGGAACGCACCCAGAUCACUCCAGCGAGUAUGCCGCAGUUGACAGUGCACGCGACACCGUGAUGACCAACGGCAUUGUCAAAGCAGAACCUGCCGCAAGCAACACUCUCGGAGCACUCAUCGACACCAGCAACAAAAUCAUGUAUCAAUGCCAUAAGUGCCACGUUCUGAAGCGAACACCGCCGUCGUCCCCAUCGCAAGUCAAGCUUCGUGAGAAAGUCCCUUCAGAGCCAGCUCCAGAGCCGUUUCCAUAUCCACCACCAGCAGACCCUACGCCGGAACCGUUCACCUACCAGCCACUUCCUCCGCCCCCGACAGGCUUUCCUCCCAUUCGUCGACCUUCAGUGGAGGCAACACCGCAGUCACAUACGCAUUCUCAUCCCCUGGGGCCGCCGGUCUCGGUCUCUCACCACCCACCUUGGCCGCCUACUACUUCCGCUCCUCCUCAAUGGUCGUCUCCCGGCAUGCGACCGGUACGCCAUCCGUCUCCCCCGUCCGUGCCUGGACCUUACGGGCAACCGUCACUGUACCAACCGGCUCCCCCACCUGAAUACCAACCUCCCUACAGCCGACCGUCGCAGCCGUCGCCGUUCGUCAGUGCUCCCCCUCCACCUCCGCCCCUGGCACCCGCGACAGGUCCUCUAUCUCAGCAUUCUCCUCCACCCCCUUAUGCACUUAACACGCACCAUCACCAUCUUCCAACAUCAUCCACCCCCCCACAAUCAGUUCGGCCUCCUCCAUCCCCUUCUCGGUAUGGGGUUAUUGCUCCUGAGAGGCACCAGGUUCCUUCUAUAUUGUCCCGACCAUUUCCUCCCGAACCUCCUCGUCAACCUCCUCAGGGUUCUCCUGUCAACGGAUUUGCAGCACCACACGCUUCCGCGGCCAGAAAAUACGGUCCCGGACUUGCUACUCAGCCACAGGCCCCUCCUCCGCUUCCUGCGCCAGGGGUGGUUCGACUAUCCCCGUCUGCCCAGACUCUGGCUCAGAUUGCUCAAGCAGCAUCUGAGCAGACGGGACGGCCACAGUCAAGGCAAGCAAGCGUGGAGAUGACGGGGACACCUAGGUUCGGAGCACGGCCUGUGCCAGAGAGUCCCCACCAAAGACCACUCACUCCGGCUGGUGCACCAUCAUUUCGAGAUGACCGGAGAGAUGGACCAGGAGCAAGUGCCAGUCCAAGCUUGAAGAACUUGCUUAGUUAG